AUGAAUGAGGAGAGACGAGCCAAAGACGAGAAUGACUACCAAGAGAUCAUCAAGAAACUCGAAGGACGCAUAGGAGAGCUUACGAAUCAGACUCAGAGCCUCGGUCAGCAGCUGGUUUCGCUCAAGGCCCAGGACACUGGAAACCAAACACUCGCCAACGAUGGGAAGGUUUCCGAUGACGAGAUACGAUCCCUUUGGCAUCAGAUGGCUUUCAACAUCCAAAACAUCGUUGCCAACUUUCUCACUGGCCAUCCUACACAGGAAGAACUGCGUCACGAGCAUACCAAUGGUAGCUGUGUCGUCUGUCACUUGACCCCUCAAGCUUUGAGCUACAUCUGGAACGAAGACAUGAGAGACAGUGUGCUCGAGGGAAUGAUUUGGAUUGCCAUCUGCGGGUACACUUUUGAGAACGUCCGAAAAGACAACCGUGUGACCAUCUGGGGCGGCGGCGUCGGAAAGAUUUUCUCCAGACUCUUCAGAACUCUCUACGGUUCGGCGAAGAAUGCCGGGACGGACCCUGCUGCGGUUCUUCGGUGGAAGUCAGAAAGCGCUCGACUAAUUGAUAGGAUCAUGGGUGCCAGCAAAGAAUCAAUGCAGGAUGCGGUGAGGGAUGAGUUCACAGGCCUUUCUAGGUUUCUCCCCAGCAACGACGAAGAUGCCACAUCCGAUUUUUACAAGGAGCUCAACAAGGUUUUCGAGGAUGCUGUUCAUCUUCAUGCUACGUUUAUGAAGUCUCGAGCUCUUUUCUACAUUGACUGGGCCGACAAACCCACGUCUUCUAGCAACCACCCGCAUUACGACCCCGAGCGCCACAAUGCCGAAGCUUGGGUGCAUGAUGUGAACAAUGAGAGUACCGUCCUCUUCGGCAUCUCGCCAGGUCUUGUCAAAAUUGGCAAUGCGGAUGGUGACAGCUACGACAAGCGCACUCGGCUUGUGAAAGCAUCAGUCGUCUGCGAUUAG